ACUCCAAAAGUUGAACUUUCUUACUAAAGCGGAGUAUCUACUCUCUCUCUCUUGUCUUAUUCCCGCCACUCUGUUGAUUCUCAUUUCCUCUCUCUCUCUCUCAAGAGUUAGGUCAUAUUCAUCUUUUCAUUUUCUUAGACCUUGAUCCCCAUUUAUCUGAUCAGUCAUGGAGGAUGAUAGGACCUGUCUAAAAUGUGAAUUGCACUGUCACAAACAAGACCCCUUUCAAGAGUGCAGAACUAGGCCUCAUUUUCUAGUAGCUUUGGUGGGUAACUUCUCAAAUGUGCUGGCUUUGCCACUGGAGUUGAAUGCACAUAUCAAAGAAGAAAUAUCUGAAAAUGCAAUUUUGGUGAGUCCUAGUGGCAAAAUUUGGCUUGUGGGUUUGAACAAAACAAAAGAUUGUGCCUUUUUACAAAAGGGAUGGAGUGAUUUUGUCAAAGGUCACUCCUUGGAGAAGGGAGAACAUUUAGUCUUGAGAUAUGAUGGUGGUUUGCGGUUUGCCGUAAAAAUUUUUGAUACCAAUGGGUGCCAUAGAGGGGAGGCGGUGCAUAAGGCAAUUGAACAGUCUAUUAAUGUUUCUGAAAGUAAGAGUCGUAAAAUUCUCUCUACAAUGAAAUGCCUUGUAAAAAGGAAGUCUUCUCCAAAUGAAGAGGAGGAGCAAGAGCAGGGGAUAGAUACUUGUAUAGAGGGCAAGAUCAAUGCCUGUGAAGAGUCGUCCAAAGAGAAUCACCAUGAAGAAAACACGUUGAUGAUUUCUCACUCUUCGUUGCACAAAAUAUCUUGCCAAGAUACCGAUGCUCAAAAUAGAAGUAUUAUUUUAUCAGAUAAAGAAGUAGUGCCUUCACGUACCAACUAUUAUACUCCAAAGAAAAAAUAUUAUACUCCAAAGAAAAAAGAACGGAUGACAAAGGUAGGGAGUGAUACUUCCAAAAAUAGGUAUUUUCUGUCUAAUCGAAGAAUGGUGACACAAGAUGAAAGGGAGCGAGCAGUUAAAGCAGCCAACUUGUUUGAAUCGAGCAGUCCAUACUUCAUAAUGGUUAUGAAGACCUCUCAUGUCUAUAAAGGAUUUCUCCUGAAUAUUCCUUUGGAUUUUGUAAAGAAACAUCUUCCAGAUGAAAAACCAGCCAUGGAUCUUCUCGACCCAAGUGGGAAAAAGUGGAAAGUGAAGUACAUUGUCUCAGGUGGAUUUCGAGGUGGACUGAGUGGUGGGUGGGGUGCUGUUUCUUUGGGAAAUAAUUUGGAGGAAGGAGAUGCGUGUGUAUUCGAGCUCAAAGGGGAUAAUUUCAUGGUACUUCACAUAUUUAGAGUGGUUGAAGAGAUUGUGCCACUUACUAAGUAUCCAGCAUCAACAUCAGAACGAAAAAGGAAAUUAUGGGCCUAAAAUUUCUUGCUUCUUUUAAUUAUGAAGCAAGUGAAAGCUUUGUCUUCUGAGAGCUGGUAACAGACUUGGGCUUUUCCAUUAACUUUAUUUGCAGCUUGGUAUUGAGAAUUUGCUUCAACUUUGAUGAAAUGAUGUCUUUAGUUUGAUUUGUUGCAAUUAGUUUGUCUUUUUUAGUCUUCCUCUUUGCUUGUAUUUCUGGGAAUAAAAAAAAAUGUUACAAUUCA